UGAUUGCUGUAAUCACCUGCAUCAGACCAAACAUCAUUUUCAUCACCCAGAAAUAAUACAGGUAUGCAUGACCUUUAUAAUAAUUAUAAAUUGAUAAUUAUAAUCAAUUUUUUUUUUUGCCCAGAAGAGUAACCCGGGUUUAAGAAAUUUAUUAAGCUUGUUUUUUUUUUUAUACUGAAUUUUUCAGGACGGUGUUUGGAAAUUGCACACUGUUCCUGACAGGACAUUGAGUAAUCCCUAUCAUUCUUGCUCAUUUUCCUACACAAGGGAAAUAACGGUUAUAGAUGAAAGAGGUAAAGCUAUCCCUAAAGACCAAACCAUGAUUGUUGUUCAUGUUAAUGUAGUCCUGGUAUUCACUUUUUGCAGUUAUUUAAUAUAUUGUAAACAUUUAUAUUGUUUUGGUGAGCUUAAUUCUAAGGUUAUUAAAAUAUCGGUAUAAAGUCAGCAAUGUUCUUCUUUGUUGAAUAUUUUUUUCUGAAGGUGGUCAGCAUCUAUUGAAGAUUCUCUGUUGCACUUGUUUUAGUGUGGCAGAGAGUUUUCUGUUUCAAGGUUUGUGGCCUGCUACGCCAGUGGAACCAACCUUGGCAUUCACCACAAGUCUGAUGGAAUUUACCCUGGCACUUGUGAUGGAAUGCCAAGUUUCCAUUUUUGAUCUUGUGAAGGCCUUAGACUUCUACUCCCACCCUCUCAUAAAGGUUCGUUAUAGGUUUAGCUGUAAAUGACUCCAUCGUGUGAUAGUUAUCAGGGUCGGCCAGGGUUUUUGGGUAUAUGGUAUUAAGGGGCUUUUUUAAUUCGGGUAUACGGUAUAUUUCAGCUGAAAGAUGGGUAUACUACUAAUUUCGGGUAUAUAGUAGACUAUAUAACGCUUUGAUUAAUUUUAGGUAUAUUGGGAGAAAUCUUGGGUGUUUUGGGGUAUUUUGGCGGAUCUUUUUCAGGUAUACUGGUAUACCACUAUCCCCCGCUGGCCGACCCUGAAUUAUUGAGGGCAAAACCAAAUAAACCAUCACACAAAUAAUAUAGAAAUCAUGAGAUCAUAAUAUAUUAUUGCUUUAGUAUAAAUCUUCAUGACCUAGCCAAAACUUUAUCAUGAUCUCCUUCAUAGAUAAUGAAACUAAACAAAUGAAAAUACAGUUGAAGCUCUCAUACAUGUACACCCUCGGGACACGUUAAAAGUGUCUGUAACUGGAGCUGGCCACCUUACAAGAACUGUUCUCAUAAGCGGCCACCACCAGAGGUGUAGCCUAGAUGUCCGCUUAUGAGAACUUUCCCAGCUAACAAAUAUUUGGAAGACAAAAAAUACCACCAAAUGAAAUAUUGCAAACUACACAAUGUUAUGAUAAUGGUGAGUGUACAGUACUGUAUACUGCAGAAUAGAAUCCAGUUCCUUCUGCAAGUUCUAAACUUCCAGACUCAAACUGAUUACUACUCACUAUCUAUCACAGAAUAGAUAGUAGGUAGGGCAGCCAAUCAGAGAAUAGCAUUCGUGAUAGAUUUACAAUAGAACAGAUGUAGCAAAUUGUUAUAUUUGUUAUUUAUUGUUUUAAUUGCAGAAAAGGAAGAUAUAUGACCAAUUUAUUGACAGCUUUGAGGAAUUCAGGUGGCUUAACAAUUAAUGUUUGUGAAUUUAGAACUUCCAGCAAACAGUUAUCUUGCAACAUCCCAGUUUUAUGUGUAUAAGACCUUUAGAAGUGUUUUAAUGAGUAACUUAGAUUGUAGUUAAAUGUUUUGGAUCAACUUUAUCCUUAGUUUAAAUUUUAUUAUCCUUUGUUUCUAUGUAUGGUAAUUUAUGGUGAUAUAUGCAGAUAACCAGUUUAAAACAAAGAGAACUGAAUGAAGUGUUAUAAAUUUGACACAAAGCAUCAACUGAUACCUCGGUAGAUGGUAAUGAAGACCAUAGAAAUUUGGUCAAGUUAAAAGUUAGAAAUACCUUGUGGUCAACACAGUUUAGGUUGUAAAACCAUGCAAAGUCUCUUGAGGUGAGCUCCUGUAUUCAGUGCAUUUGGUGACACCCGGUGUUCUUCAUUUUUUUUUUUUUUUAGAAUCCAAUUCCUUCUGCAAGUUCUAAACUUCCAGACUCAAACUGAUUUGUAGAGUUUUUAUUUAAGUGGUUAUGUUAAAAAAUUAUUAUUUAAUACAAAGAUAAUUCUUGUUACUUUGUUUUGUGAAAAGGAAUAAAAACAACCAAUAUCCCUUUUGAUUGAGUUUUACAUAUAAUUAAAAGUAUUUUCCAGAAAAUAUAAGACUACAAGUGAAAGAAGAAAUUACUCAAAUAUCUGAUUUAAUUCUUAGGCCACGAUAGUGCAACAAAUAAUUAUCUAUUGUCAUUAAUGCUGGUUCAAAAAAUACCAUAUGGUUUGGUAAUUUGAACUCGAUAGAUGCUUUUAUUAGUUUAAAAUGCUUAUUAGUGUAAACACUGUGCACAUUAAAGGUAUGUCUCUUUACAACAGGUAUCAUGUAAAGGCUCUCCAGUGUUUUACUGAAAAUGAGGUUUGCCCACUCAGGCAUCCAGUUUGUCCUGCUUGUCCCAAGGUAAAACUUUGAAAACCUCUGCUGCCAUUUUCAAAGAACUAAAUUCAGAUUAAUUAAAGUAGUUUUCAAUAUAGAGAUUAAAUGUUAUGUUGUGGUGCAUUUUUAGUUCUCAGCACCUCAGACGCAGCCUGACACUUCCACUGGUGCCAGUGAAGGUGUGUUUUAUUCAUGUGUAUGGCUAAAACUCUCACACACCCACACACACACACACUCACACACAAAAUAUAGUUCAUCGGUGAUAGACAGAACUACAACACAAUAACGAUUUGAUUUUAAAAAACGCCGUACUUAUCACUGCUCGUGUGUUCCUGUGUGUUUGUUUUUAAUUAUAUAUUUAUAUUUUUGAACUUGAUUUUUCCGGCUUUUAAUCUGACUGGACAAUCAUAGUGACACCAAUAGGAAACUGCUGUCUUUUAGUCACUAUACUUAGCAUUUUAUUUGAGCAAUUCAGUCAAUUCAAUUUAUACUUCUUUGUCUGGUUUAGGUAAUGAAGUUGAGCUGUUUGACAACUCCAACAAACUCGUUUGUCGGGGUGUUGUAACUGCUCAAGCCAUGGUACACGGCCGGGCACUGAAAACCGGAUGGGCCGCAGUGAUGAUACAGGAUAUCUUGUCAAAGGGAAAAGUGGAGCCAUGGCAAGAAUAUCCCACCCAUUCUGGGGAAGUAGAAGAAGGGAGUUUUGUCGCCUGGCCGACUGCUUACAUCCAACCGCGACGAGAAGCUCUGCAAACUGCCCGGCCGAAACAAAACCUUUCGGAGACGCAGGGUUUAAAGGAUGCCCUUCAUCCCGACAAGUUUGUCUCUCCCGGGACAAUAAUGUCCAGGGAUAGAUAGCUACGAAGUAGAAAGUGAAAACAUUAUGAUUCCACUAUUGCGCCAUUUUACCAUAUUUGGACAUGAGAACGCGCAAAUCAUGAGCCUGUAAUGCCCCGGUUUGACUGUUUUAGAACAGAGCAAAUACGGACGGAAAGCGUAGAGCAACAAAAUGGUUGGACAAAAGGGAGCAAAAUUGACUUGUUUACGUCCUUUACGCUUGACUCUUAAGCGACGACCUUUCGACGGGAACGCAUUUUUUUAACUCAAUAGAAGGAAACUUGCGAGGACAUUUAAUUCUUUUUGUUUGUGUUGUUUUCGUCAUUCGCGCACGCUUCAUAAGAUCGAUAAGAUUCUCAGGCGAUGGAGGUUGUAUUUCAAAAACUAGGUGCCAAAAUGCUAGAAAAUGGCGCAAUAAUGAAAUAAUAAAUCCCUUAUUGGAUGGUUUAACAUGUAAUACGUCCGGACAUUUAGCUCGUUUUGCUACGCAACUCGCAAAAUACCCGCGCGUAUUAUAUGUUAAACCAUCAAGAAGGUGUAUGUAACGGUUCACUGUAAAGUUAAGCAACCACACAGAGGACGACAACGAAAAUGCAAUGUGGGAGGCUAACCUUUCCUUCUGGAAAUUUCAUUGAGACUCUUGAAACUAUUUACAUUCAUAGAAUGGUGCUGACAAAGACAUAAAGCUUUAUUUGAGGUUAUUCGUGUUGUUUCUUUGUACAGUUUAGCAGAUUGCAAAACACAUGUGCAGGUCUUUGCCCUGCAGUGUUCUUCCUCCCUCUUCUCUUAAGCGAUGUUCUCGUUGCCAACGCUGUUGUGGUUGCGUAAAUUCCCUAUUGUAAAAAAAAAAAAUGCAGUUUGCAUGGAAUGAGAUAACCAAAGUUGUAAUUCAUAAGUCUGUUUAUCGUUUCCUUUUCUCAUGAUUCUGUGUUCUCUUAGUCGAUACUAAUCUGUUACAUCUUGCUGACUUAUAUUCUAUUUUAAAUACAAAAUCAUGAUUAGGAUAGGAACGAAGGAUCCUCCACUGUCACUUGCUACUACACACUCUAAUAAAUCACUGUACAUAUCAAUAAAUAGGAUAGCCGAGAUAUAUUAAAAUGAACUUAUUGAUGCG